UGGUUGCUGUAAAUUAUGAUGUCUUAUCUAAUCCUUUGUUUUCUGCAACUCACUUUGUUCUUUAUAACAUCUGUUAUUUUCUGCUGGUCUAUCACUGCAUUUCUGCUGCCCCUCCCUCUAGCUGGGUUUGUCAAGUCGCCCAUGUCAGAAACUAAACUCACAGGGGAUGCCUUUGAGCUGUACUGUGACGUGGUUGGGAAACCCACUCCAGAGAUCCAGUGGUGGUAUGCUGAAGUCAACCGGGCUGAGUCUUUCAAACAGCUGUGGGAUGGUGCUCGGAAGCGCCGUGUCACCAUUAACACUGCCUACGGGGCGAACGGCGUGAGUGUGCUGAGAAUAACCCGCCUUACAUUGGAAGACUCUGGGACUUACGAGUGCAGGGCCAGCAACGAUCCCAGGAGGAAUGACUUGAGGCAAAAUCCCUCCAUAACGUGGAUUCGAGCCCAGGCUACGAUAAGCGUCCUUCAGAAGCCCAGGAUCAAUGCCAGCGAGGAUGUGCACAUUCACCAGUCUAGUUCUCCCAUCAUCCUGCAAUGUAACCUCACCACAAGUCCCAGCCCCCUCACUUACAGCUAUUGGGAGAAGAAUGGGGAAGAAAUUUCUGGCACUAAGAAGAAUUCCAACACCACAGAGCACAAGAUUUUGAAACUCAGAGCAGACGAGUCGGGGGAAUACUUAUGUGUGUUCGUGUUUGCUAACUCGCCUGUAGCCAACGCCACUAUAGAAGUGAAAGCUAUUCCUGAGAUCACUGUCCACAAGCGAAGUGAGAACAAAAAUGAAGGGCAGGAGGCAGUCAUGUAUUGCAAGUCUGUGGGCUUCCCCCACCCCGACUGGGUGUGGCGCAAGAAGGUCAAUGGAGUAUUUGCGGAAAUCAACAACUCCUCUGGCCGAUUCUUCAUUACAAAUAAAGACAAUUACACGGAGCUGAGUAUCACAAACCUCCAGAUAAGUGAGGAUCCCGGCGAGUAUGAGUGCAAUGCAACCAAUCCAAUUGGCUCUGCCUCUGCCACCACCAUUCUGCGAGUGCGCAGCCACUUGGCCCCUCUCUGGCCCUUCUUGGGGAUAUUGGCAGAGAUUAUCAUCCUUAUUGUUAUCAUAGUGGUUUAUGAGAAGAGGAAGCGGCCAGAUGAAGUCCCAGACGACGACGAACCAGCUGGGCCAAUGAAAAGCAAUUCUACAAACAAUCACAAAGAUAAAAACUUACGCCAGAGAAACACAAAUUAAAAAUAAUGCGUAUAAUAGCUUUAAGUUUCUGAGAGACUGAUGGCAAUAUAACCUGCUAAAAUAAUGGUUGGAACUCUUGGUUCUAGAACUCCAGUUCUAUUUGAUUUUUCCUUUCAAGUGAGCAACAAUAUGACUGUCUAAAAAAGCAUGCCUUAUUUAGCCUGUCCUGUAAGGAUGACAUACCCAGACACAUUUUAACAAUGCUUCAGUGUAGAAGGUGUAAACUAUUUUGGGCUUGAUGUGCUGUGAAUGUUGCUUUUUUCCCUUAAGGUAUUUAAACAUUAGAAGUAAAGUCAAAACAUGCAUGCGCCAUUUUUUACUUUCUUAAUGUAGCUGUUAAAUUGGCAAAGCUCUAAAAUGCACUGCUGCCAUCUAGUGAUAACUUUUUGUAAAGUACAGCAAAACCUAAAAAUAUAUACAAUAUAUAUUUAUAUUUUUUGGGAAGAGGAAAACCAAAAUACAAUAAGUGUUUCAUUUUUAAGCUGCUGAUAUUCAUUCCUUAUAUUGUAU